AUGAGUGUCGCCUUCAGUGACCAGGUUGGGUUCAUGGAAAAAGAAUGUGAUGUGAAUUCUCUGAUAGAUUCAUUGGUCACACUGUUCAGCAAAGCGCAGCUGGUGGCUACUUUGCCGCUGUUAGCCAAAUUGAUGAGACAACCCUGGUACAAUUUCUGCUUCGGCUCAAAACCUGUGAAGUCGGCCCCUUUGACUGGACCAGCAGCCUUCCAAGCGAUUGCAAAGAAUGCCGUUCACAGGCGAGUCGGGGGCGAUAUCAGCGCUGGGCCAGGGGAUCUUCUUCAACGAUUCUUGAUGUACAAAGACAAAGAAGGACAGGGUAUUCCGAUCGAUGAGCUUGAAUUGGAGGCAUUCAGUCCCGCUGUCGCAGGUCCAGAUUCAACUGCAAUGGCACUGCGUGCUGGUGUCUUAUAUAUCGCAACUCACCAACGUGUCCACAGAAAGAUGAUGGCCGAAAUCGACGAAGCGGAUAGAGCUGGAAAACUUUCGCACCCAGUUGCCUACACAGAGAUAAAGAAGCUUCCUUAUUUCAAUGCUAUUGUGAAGGAAAUUUUCCGAGUUUUCCCUCCUAUUGGGACUGCAUUCCCUCGUGUUGUACCUCCCGAAGGCGUAACUAUACUCGGACAUUUCCUUCCGGGAGGCACUGAAAUUGGAAUGAACUUCUGGGCUAUCAGCCGUGAUAAAUCCGUGUACGGCGAGGACGCUGACUACUUCCGCCCUGAGCGCUGGCUUGAGUCUCCCGAGAAAGCCAAGCUUUUCGACCGCUAUGAUCUGAAUUUUGGAGCAGGUCACUGUAUCUGUGUUGGAAAGAAUAUCGCCUUAGUGGAGGUUCAUAAAGUUUUACUCGAAAUAUUCCGCAAUUUUGAUGUCGACGUUCUGGAUCCGACAAACCCGUGGAAACUGAAGAAUAUCUUGACAUUUGUCGCCCACGAUUUCAAUAUCAAACUCAGCCAGCGAGGAGUGCCAUCCGCUGUCGAGGGCCCGUGA